UUUUCAAAAAUCUCUAAAAUAACUUUUCAAGUCAUUAAAAUCCAGGUGUUCAGUUCAUAUUCAAGGAUCAGCUCUAAGCAGUUGCUCAAAGUUGACAAUCUACAACAAUAUUCAAAUACGACAACAUGUCAAGGUCACCAUUGCCAUAUGAUAUAAGUGAUUAUUCCCAGGAUCCUGUUGAUUAUCCUGGAGGAAGACGGCCAACACUUGACAGGGCUAUUUACAACCCAGGAUUCAAUCCGCAAUCUAUGUUAGUAACAGGAAAUGAGGUUAGGGAGCAACCUGAAAUACAUUCACCAAAGGCAAUAGUCAAGACAAAACCAACAAAACCAGAAAAAGAAGACAAGACAAAAGUCAAGACAAGAAAAGUCAAAGAUGAUUUUACUUACACUGAGCACAUCGAUAUUGACUUUGAGAGUAUGUUCUUUGAACCAGAUAAACCCAAGAUGUUGGCUCCAAUUUCAUGUUGCUUUGAAAUUCUCUACAAUGUUGGCCUGUAUGGAGUCUACAACCUCCUAUCGAUUGUAUUUGGAAUCUUUCUUUCGUUGGGGUGUGGAAUGCUGUUUGGGUUGUGUAGCUGCUGCACCGUCUGGUGCCUGCAGCCAUUUGUCAGAAUGUUCCUGAUGUUAAUACGUAUUAUGCAAAUCUUUUACAAGGCCGUUGUGGGGUGCUGCUGCGAUCCAUGCUACAACUCUCUCAGUUUGGUCUGCUCUAGAAUCAACGGCAGUUUUGGCUUGAAUGUUUCUGGUAUCAAUAUUGGACAGAAUAGUAUCGAAAGAGUUUGAGUACACACUCUGAACUAACUCUAAAGAUAACUAGGAUGUAACCAAACCAUGACAAUCAUUGAUUUAUGGUAACAAAAUGGAUGCACCAAAUAGUCUAAUUGCCUGGACAAAAGAGGUUCAGUAAUAAGAAAUACUGCAGAAAUAAGCAACCAUCUUGUAAAUUUCUUCUUGAGCAAAGCUCCUUUGUCUCUUAAGGCAUCACAAUAUAAAAUCUGAAUCAAAUCUGUCAACUAGUAUUUGAGUUAUUAAAGACUACCUUUUACAAAAAAGAUGGCGAUUUUGAAUUGAGCAGCUGUCUUAAAAAUUACUUCAUUAACAUUGUUCUUUUUACCUUAGGGCACCAGCGUAUACAAUUUGCUAUUAUUGAUACACAAAUUAUCAGUGAUUAUAUUUUUUAACAAAAACAUUGGCCAUUUUGAAAUUCAGUGGCCAUCUUAAGAAUGCUUUCUUGAGCAGAACCCCUGUGUGAUUAGGCAUCAGCAUAUCAAAUUUAAACCAAAUCCAUCAACUGGUAUUUGAGUAAUCAAAGGAUUAUGUUCUUUUACAAAAAA